CAUCAAUCAGGGACCCAACAAUGUAGUGUCCGCCGCGCCGCUGUCUCGUUUUGCGUUUCUCCAUCCCGCGCGACGUCGCCGGCCGGGGAUGCGGGCUGGCCCGUGCCUGCCUCGACUCCGACGGUGGCGUCAUCCGUUUUGAAAUUCAUGUCAAGCCCAUAUAUCCCAGCAGCGUCGGCGAGACGCUGCCGCUGCAUGCGCCCCUCCACACGAUGAACGCCACGCGUCCCGUGCUGAACUUCACGCUGCAUGCGUGGAUCCCCAGGCUCCACGCGAAGAUCCUCACAGUCCACACGAGUAACCUCGGGCGCCACUGGCGGACCCUCAAGCUCCACAGGCUGGGUUUCGCGCAUCAAGUGCCGAUCGUCCCGCUCCGCAUCCCGAGCCUCAUCCCCCCCUGGCAGGUCCCCUCGCUCCACAUGACGAGCUUCAUGCCGCACGUCAUAUAAUGACCACGCUCCACACGCGGAACCUCACGCUCCACGUGCGGAGCCGCACGCCCCACGGGUGCGCCAUCCCGCUCCACCUGCGAAACAUCUCGCUCCACGGGCGGAUCCUCACGACCCACAAGCUGUGUUUCAUGCAUCACGCGCUGAUCACCACGCUUAACAUGUGGAUCAUCACGCUCCACGGGGCGUACUUCACGCUCCACGUGCGCACCCUCGCGCUCCACCGGCUGGCUUCCAUGCUCCACGUGCGGAACAUCAUGUUCCACGGGUGGAACCUCACGCCCCACAGGUUGAGUUUCGUGCACCGCGUGCUGAUCUCUACACGGCCAACACGCGGAUCAUCACGCCCCACGGGAAGAACCUCACGCUGCACGUGCGGAUCCUCAUGCUGAACAAGCUCCGGAGGACAGCACCGUGUUCUUCGCGAACUUCGUGUUUUGGACCUUCGACGUGAUCGGCGACGCGCAUGACAAGGCGAUGGACGCUAUGAAUAUCGAGAUGGAAACCGACGCCAAGCUCCGGUGGCCUUUCUGCUCGCACCGACGCCGCGUUCCCCGCCGUAUGCAAAAGAGGUACGACCAGAUGCUCACCGACACAUCCAUAGAAUGCACGACCAGAUCUCCACCAAUAUCCCCAUCAUGCACGCUGCGCUCGACCGCAUCCAAAAGUCUACCAUUUCGUCGUCAACAUCUACUUCAACGGCUUCACACCGUUCUAGGGGCCCCGCCGCGCGGUUCAUCCGCUAGCCUCAUUGCGUCGCCCAGGCAAUCGGCCAAUUUCGUUCGAAAUGGGUCGGCUCUUCUGGCCGCGCUUUCGAACACGCUGAGCGGUGGUCGCCCCCCAGCCGCUACAAAUCACC